GUGGGGCUGCUGUUGCAUCAACCCCAGCAUGGGAAGUGGCCGCGCCCUUUGCCUCACUCGGUCCUGCUGGACCCUGCACUCAUCCACAAAACCAGGGCGAGUGGGAGAGGAGCCAUGACCCCCAGCCUCACGGCCCUGCUCUGCCUGGGGCUGAGUCUGGGCCCCAGGACCCGAGUGCAGGCCGGGACCCUCCCCACACCCAGGCUCUGGGCUGAGCCAGGAUCUGUGAUACCAUGGGGGAAGCCUGUGACACUCUGGUGUGAGGGGACCCUGAAGGCCCAGGACUAUUGUCUGGAGAAACAGGGAACACAAGUGCCCUGGGACAAACAGGAGCUACUGCAGCCCAGGAACAAGACCAAGUUCACCAUAGAACACAUAACAGAGCACUAUGCAGGACGAUAUCGCUGUUACUACCGAACCCCUGCUGGCUGGUCAGAGCGCAGUGAGCCCCUGGAGCUGGUGGUGACAGGAUUUUACAGCAAGCCCAGCCUCUCAGUGCUGCCCAGCCCUGUGGUGACCUCAGGAGGGACCGUGACCCUCCAGUGUAGCUCACAGCAGAGAUAUAACCUGUUCGUUCUGACUACCAAGGAUGAUGAGCUCUCCUGGACGCUGGACUCCCAGCCAGGCCCCAGCGGGCUGGUCCAAGCCCUGUUCUCUGUGGGCCCUGUGACCCCCGGCCACAAUAGGACGUUCAGGUGCUACGGCUAUUACAGGAGCCAACUCCAGCUGUGGUCAGUACCCAGCGACUGCCUGGAGCUCCUGGUCUCAGCCUCUCACCCCCAGGACUACACAGUGGGGAAUCUCAUCCGGAUGGGCCUGGCCGGCCUGGUCCUGGUGGUCCUCGGGGUUCUGCUACUUGAGGCUCGGCACAGCCAGAGAAGGACCCGAGACACGGCCAGGAGGUAAAGACGAUAGAUAGACAGCAGUCACUGCUCGGAGCGGCAGAGCCUUGGGAAUAACCUGACGUCUCAGGAGGUUGCGGAAGAAAAUACAGUGCACAGCUGGGGGCUUCGGUUGAGAAAAUGUCGCAGAAGCACACGUGGUCAGAGCACGGCGACCGGCGGGCGUGAGGACAGAGGGCUUUCCCCACAGAGCUGCCGCACCGGUGCCCGUCUCACUGCAGGCUCUGUUGCCGGUCCCUCCUCUCUUCCCGCUCCAUCUGUGAGGCUGAGGCCCACAGGCCAGGUUCCGGCCUCACCUCUGCAUGCUUCAUGCCCUGUUCCGCCAUCGUGCGCCGUUUAAUUGUAAUUACAACAUUCCCCAACGUGUAUGAAUGAGACUCCGUCCUUUCAGCUGACAACCUGGAAUUGGUUCAAAUAACAGAAACGUGGGCAAAAAUAUGAGUCCAACAUGAAAAAAACCAAUACCUGGAAACCCGCUAGCUGUCAUCAGGUGAUCUCUGUGCAGUUUCUCCUGAAAUAUAAUGACUUGGGCUCGGUGCACUGAUUAUUCACAGCGUCCAGCUAAGUUGCCCAGUCUUGUUUUGAAUUUAGGAUCCUUGGUUCCAAUUUAGGAUCCUUGACUCAACUCCCACGGGGCUGGAAUUACAGGCAUUUGCCACUACAACUAGCUUUAAAAACCACUUUUUUAAACAGCCCUGACCUUAGGUGUUCACCGAGUACCGUAACUUUCCUUUCGUGGCCAACUUCACGAUGCCAGUCCCUUCUUACAUUUCUUUUUUCUCCAUUUCUGGCUCUUUAUGUUCUUUUCUUCUUCAUUUUUUCCAGU